AUGUGCAACAUUGCUUCGGCACUAUGGAACAAACUUUGGAACUCAAAGAUUUUGGAGCGGCAUAAGGUCCAUUGGUGGAGUAUCCUUUCCAAUGCGCUACCCUUACGAGCCCCUCUUGCUAAGAGAAUGGGUUUUGAGGAGGUUUCCUGCCCUAUUUGUGGAGAGGCUGAGGAGACCACAGAGCACUUGUUCCUGUAUUGCAACUUUGCCUUCCACCUUUGGCGAUCCUCUCCUUGGGGGGUUAUGCCUGUGCUCGAUUCAGGAGCCCGAAUGUGGGACUGGGUUACUUUUCUAUGGAAUCUUAAAUCAAGAGGAGUUGAUACUGAUAAGCUGUUCCUCUACGCCUCAAUUGUGGUAGAUACGAUUUGGAGGGCCCGCAACGACAAGGUACAUAAUAAAUCAAUGGGUAACAUUAAACACUAUAUUGACUCUAUUUUGUCUUGUUACACAGACUAUGGCUCCUGCCUUCUUUCCCCUCCACAGUCUGUUGAGACUCAGGCUUGGUCUCCGCCUCCGGAAGAUUGGAUUAAAAUCAACUGCGAUGUCAAAGUCGGAGGUGAGACUAUGUGUGCAGUGGCGAUUGCGAGAGACCAUAAUGAAUCAGUUUUGUGGGUGGCGGCAAAAAGGUUACAAUUCACUGACCCACUCACUGGAGAAGCUGCGGCCUGUCUUUUAGCCAUGGAGACGGCGGUCUCAUUACAUCAUCCUUUUGUUUUAGUGGAGAGUGAUUCUGAUGUUGUUAUCGAGAACCUAAAAGGGGAUGACUCUAUUUGGGGGAUUGAGAACUAUGUGCGUCAUUGCAAACUCCUCUCUACUUUUAUGACUAAUUGUAAUUUUUCUUAUAUAACUAGAAACUGUAACUACGCGGCCCAUAAUGUGGCUAAAUGGGCAUUUGCCCACAAUGUUACGGGCAUGGUAGAAAUAUCUACUAUACCUGUUAAUAUCUUUUGUAAUGACCAUGAGGUCUAA